UUCUUAAAGGGUCAGAUAAAGCUACAUAUGAUAUUGUUGACAAAUAUGAGAGUAUUAUGAAGUCAUUGGAAGGAACUCGUGAAGUAGUGUGGGCAGACCAACCUAAUAACUCAGAAGGAGAAGACAAUAAUGCACCUGUUAACAUCCAAUAUGGAAGCAAUAUUCAACAUUCCAAUAUUGAGUUGUGCAUCAGCAUCCCCGUUUGUUCCUAGGAGCAAUAGAAGAAAAACAAGGAACGGAGAAGACAGUUCAGAUACAGCUGCUAGUAGUCCUAUUUCUGCAUUAAGAGUAGUGAACAAAGAUAACUCUGCAUGCACUAAUGUAUGCGCAUCCAAGGGGCCAUCUAGGAUAUUUACACACAAAAAAAAUGCAUCACACACACCAAAAAGAUUUGGCAUUCCAAAUAAAGAAAACAAUGAAGUCGAUAGCUCCUGCAGCCGCCAGUUCACCUGGAUUCAGUCUCGUAUGCCGAUGUGGCCAAACACUUGA